UAGUAGUAACUCCUCCUCCAGGAGUGUUAAAGGUAGUGUCCCGUGAGGUUGUCGUGACGACCAGAACACAGACAGACUUCUCAAUCUGUAUAAUAUAGUAGUAACUCCUCCUCCAGGAGUGUUAUAUACAACACGAUGGGAAACACUUUCAAAGUAGUAAACUUUCACAAAUCUUUCAGAGAAACACACAUUUUUCACUCGUUGUUACUACUGCAGUCCAAAACAUCCACACGUACAAAGUUUUGCAAGUGGGUAUAAUAUAUGUAGCUCUCCAUUGGUUUGCUUGUCUCUUACGUAUUAAUGUUAAUUUUCUGCACACACAUCAGUCUAAGCCAUGGGGAAUUAUCGUUGCCGUACACGCAACCGUCUGCUGUACACACAUCAUGUUGUUGUACAAACAUCAAUCUAAGGUCAUGAAAACUGAACGGCUCACGCUAUAUACAUACAUAUACAAGAAAAGAGAAGAAAACAGGACUUCAGAAGGGCUACAAUUAACAUACAUAAGGGCUUACAUACAUACAUACUAGGAAUGCGCACGUGCGUAUUUUGCCUCGCGCCUGCCAGCCAAAGCUUAAACAGUCCGACUGAGGCCGCUCGUGCGCGCGCUCUACUGACUGCUUACUGACAUACAUAUAAACCAUAAGGGCUUACAUUUGCUGUAAACAGCUAAGAGUUACUUCUUUUAUACCCUGAAACUACACCUACACAGUAGCUGGCAGGUUGAUUUUCUCUGUCGGCUCAGGUGGUGUCGAUGUGUAGAGGAGGGAAGGGCGUGGUGUGGGACCUAGUCAAUGAGGACCAGGAACAUUGGUUCACCUGGACUCCCGGCCAACUCCACACCAGGCCGUCUGAGGCUAAACCAACAUACAGAUUCAGGGCCUGCUGGUAUAUUAUGCUAGACUCUGUCCUUAGUUAUAAUAAUAAUGAUUUUGGUGAGGCUCUCGUUGCAUAUUAUCCUCUGCUUCCUGAAGUUUCCCUCCAAAGAAGAAGGAAUCGGAAGAAUUUCAAACAUCUCUCUAUACGCUGACCAUCCCCAUGGACACACGCUCGAAAAUGAAAGUGAGUGAGAGGAAUUUACCUUCUACGAAACAAUCUCUUCAAAACACCUACAAGCUCCUAUAUGGCAUUACAAUAGAAAUAGUUACUGAAGCAAGCCGACCUAGUCAUCCGAAUUUCAAAAGUGAAGAUGGCAGUUUCCAUGCCGUAGUAAAUUCUAAAUUCUCGUACACGUAAACCAACACACACUCACUUUCGCUCCCAAAUGAGUUGCAUUCGUAGUGUGGUUGGAAUUACCCAAAAUGAAAAAUGCACAAUAUACAGCACUCACGUACAAAAGACCGUUAAAAAUUGUCUAUUAUAGUGGAACCUCCCAACAAAGGGACACUAUGGGGCCAACGAUUUUGUCCUUAGAGAAUUGGUCCCUAUCUCUGAGGUCAAAUAAUGCACUUAGCAUGACAUUGAAACAAGUGUCCUUUGUAGAGAGGUCCUCCCUAUCUCGGAGGGUCCCUUGUCGGAGGUUCCACUGUAUUGUAAGCCCUAAAUGUAAUCUCCCCACCCCAUGGUGUGUGGUGGUGGUUUGGUGUACAGAGGUGCUAUCUGGUCAAGUGGGAUGCUGGGGCUUGGAUUGUGGACGAUGAGAUUAGCACUGGAACUGAACUACUCUCUGCGCUGGCCAUCGAGUGAGGGUUCUUUACUUGAUAAACCAAAACCUCACCUACACCUCCCUACACUCUUUAUACCUCCCUGUGACCCUCUACCCCGUCUCAUUCCACUCAUCUUCUGUUGUCCUCUCUCUGUGUCCUCACCCUUUCCAUCCCUCUCCCCUCUCUUCCUUCCCUCACCUUUAACCCUGUAGCCCUCUCCACCCCCUCCCCCUCUUGUUACCCUCUCUCCAUCCCUCCCCUCACCUUCUCUCUUCCUUGUUACCCUCUCAACACCCCAUCCACCUGCUCAUGAUUAUACCCUGUUGCAUCAAUCCCCUCUUCAUUAAACUCUCUCCGUCCUAUAUAUUAUUGUUCAGUACUGGUGGGAGGUAUCUCGGGGUUGGAACAAUCAGUGGAUCUAUUCUCGUCUACUCCUCUGAUCUGAAGCUUAUAUCCAAAGUGGCAGCAGUUCACACUGUGUUUGUGACCGGACUGCUGUUUCUUCCACUGCCGGCAAAGAAACGAGUGCCGUCCAGUGGGAAACAGGUUUCAAAACAGGAAAAACUGGUGCUGAUAAGCGUUUCAGCAGACCGGACAUGCAGUGCUACUCUAGUUAAGCAUAAAUCAGGAAGAUUCACAUUCAUUUUCCUGUUUAUCAUCAUGUCGCUUUUGUUGUUACUGAUUGCAGUGACCUGCAAACAUUACCAAAUAUGGUAGAUAUUGAACUUUUCACUUGUAAAAGUAACUUUAGUUUUCUGCUUGUUUUCACAUAACAAUUUGUGUUGUUUUAUUGUGCAUAAUGAUGCGCAGCGCGCGCGAGAACGUUGCGUAUCCAGGAAGCACAAACGGCCUUAGCAAGUGACUGGUAGCCGCAAAGCGAUGGCUGUUAGUCACGCGAACCAUCACCUCCAAACGUGCGGCCUACGAAACUCCGCUCCAACGAGAUGUACUUCUGCAACCCCUUCUUCUUAUCCUGCCGUAGAAAACUGUGCCGACCACAACAACCUUCGUAAGAACUGCUCGAAUCGUGAGAAAGCUCCUGCUCAAACGUCUCAGCCGGCGCUCACAGCGCCGUCGCCUGCGUCACCGCGCGGAGCUGUACCCGCUGCGGUGUGUCGGGAUCUCCAGAAGGCAUGUGAUGAGGGAGACGUUGAGAAAGUGGACAAGAUUCUCUCGAGUGGAGUUGUGGACCCGAAAGACGCGGAUCUACUGAAGGGAAAGCCGCCGCUGUACUGGGCCGUAGUUCGCGGGAAACUACCGCUCGUGAAGUUCCUAGUUGAAAAGUUUAGCUGCAACCCGGGAUUCAUGACAGAGCACGGCGGGGCGACGCUCUUCCACACGGCCUGCGCCCGAGGGCACCUGGACGUGGCUCGCUACCUCUCCACGCUCCGCGCAGUGGAAACUGACGCGCCGCGGAAAGACGGGUCCACGCCGCUCAUGGCCGCCUGUUUCUACGGCCACCUUCCAAUACUAAAGUUUCUCGUGGAGGAGUUGCACUGUGAGCCCCAAGUACCGGUUUCGUGUUCGGCGGAAGGUUCGCUUCUGCACAUCGCCCUCUCGAAAAACGACAAAGCGGACAUUGUCCGCUACCUCGUCUCGGAGUGCGGGCUGGAUCCGAACGCGCUGCGGAAGUACGGCGAGACGCCAGUUCACGUCGCGUGCAGUACAGGAAACCUGGAGGUAGUCAAGUACCUGGGCGAAGAGCUGGGGUGUUCCCUGGAGGUCCAGGAUGAAACUGGCGAUACACCUCUCCACCUGAGCUCCCAGAACAACCACGCCGAUGUUGUGAAGUUCCUAAUCGAGAGAGGGUGCAAGGUGGACACGGUGAACAAGAGUGGUUUGACUCCACUAUCAGUCGCCUGUCGCUACGGCAAGCGGGAAGCUGCAAAGCUGCUCCUAGAGCUUGGAAAAGCCAACCCGAAUUGCCACAACGAUGAAAGGUUGUCGCCACUCCAAUGCACCCGCGACAAGGACAUCAUCACUGAGCUCAUACGUCACGGGGCCAACACAGCCAACUUCGCCUCAUCGGUAUUGUAUAAUCACGGGAAGGAGACUUCAGACGAGGCCCUUGUUAGGAUGUUUAUUGUCGGUCAUCCAAUGGCCGGUAAGAGCACGCUAGUCGAAGCUCUACAAGAAGUCAAGGGAAGGGUGCAGGGGCGCCUCUUCAAGCGAAAAAAGAUUACAGGAGUAUCCCCUUCAACAGCUGGCAUUGUUCCUGUCCAGUUUGAAAGCCCCAAACUCGGGAGGGUUUUGCUGUUUGACUUUGCCGGACAAAACGAGUACUACGCAAGCCACGCGGCGCUCCUGGAGGCAUCGAAAACCUCGGCCCCUCUCUUUGUCCUCGUCGUAAAUCUCCUCGAAAACGAUGAGGAGAUCAAAUUUCAGAUCAAUUUCUGGCUCUCGUUCAUCAAUAACCACCACGUCCCGGGAGCGAGUGUAGCACACAUUGCCGUGAUAGGUAGCCACAAGGACAAGCUGCGGAAAGAGUGCCCACUAGUGUACAGGAAAAAGCUGCUUGCUGUCGAAAACGCCGUGAAGAGCGCCGUAUUCGAGUAUCCUCUGCUCUGCAUGCUUGGUUUCUUUCCCGUCGACUGCCGAAAGCCACACAAACACGUGAAGCUGCGAAGCAAACUCCGCGAGAGCUGCAAGGAGCUGCGAAAGAACUCUGAAGUCGACGGAUGCUGCCAUCUUUUGAGCGUGUUUCUGGCCGAUAAGUUUACAGGGCAAGUCACGUGUAGUGUGGGGAGAGUUGUCACCGAGAUAAGGGAAUCAGACUUUGCCCUCCCAUGCACCCCAGAGAGGCUCUGCCAGCUUGUAGAGGCGCUCAGCGAGCGACAAAACAUCCUUUUCCUCCGAAACAGAACCCACAUCGACCAGAGCUGGAUUGUCCUGGAGGUCGACACCCUCUUCACCAAGAUCAACGGCUGCAUCUUUGCCCCGCACAACUUCAAGGAGCACAAAAUCAGUUCCGAUUCCGGCACCGGUGUUGUGUCGUGGUCACGCCUCCAGGGCACGAUACACGAGCUGAACCUCGAGCCGGAGCUAGUCGUGGCCUUUCUCAGAAAGUUGGAGUUCUGCGAAGAAGUCUCUGACCCCGAAAUCCUCUCGCUGAUUCGGCAGGGAACGACCACUCUGACAAAGGGGCUCUCCUGCUCGAUUCUCCACUUUCCUCGAGAUGAAGUGGUGGUACCGUCUCGUGCAUCCACGACGCCCGGACGAUAUCACAGAGCAGCGAGUCAGAGAUCCAGGCCCCACAUCCACGUGGAAGAGGACGAAGAACUCUCCUUUGCCAGGUCCCCACAUUUAGAGAAUCAGGAAGGUGGGUCUCCAUCGCUACCCGGUGCCCUCACUGGUGCGGUGACAAACUCAAUCCCAAACCUGCAAGCCUCUUGUUCCCAACCCAUGGAAGUACUACAUGAAGAGAGAGAUGAUCGAACUGCGAGAAAAUCUAGUACACCUUCGGCAGAAUCAUUGCUGCAGAUACCCAUCGUCCACCAGAGAGGAAAGAGUCGAAGUGAUCCAAAGUUUGAUAACCACACCCACAAAGCAUCAUUUGUCGUUACCGGUAGAAGGGCACAGAGCUGCAAUCAUGUCGUGUCGCAGAAAGACACUCGGUACUUCUUCUUUCCAGGACUGAUGAGCCACGAGAGACCCAGCGACGGUCGAGUGUGGACAGCAGACGAAUCAUUUCUCUACCACACUGGUUGGUGUAUGAAAGUCUCCCACGCAAACCAAUUCUUCACGCCGCGACUCCUCCACAUUCUCCUGCUACGAAUAUCCUUCGGGUUCGCAACGGCUGUAACUCCGUGCGGUGGGCUCGGUACGAGACAGUGCACCAUGUGGAAGAACGGGAUCCGUUGGCUGGACCGGGACGGCAUCGAGACCGUGGUGGAAAUGUUGGAGCAGGACCGGGCUGUCGUGGUCCUAAUGCGGGGAAAGGCUGGGUCCGAGUUGGAUUGCGUCGCCCUCAGAUCGGAGCUAGUUCACAUCAUCCUUGAAGUGAGGCUGAAAUUUUGUCCCAACCUUAGAGUAGGGCAAUACCUCAUAGACCCAAAGGACCUCGCCAACCAGCCCUACCCCUUUGCCACCCGCUGCCUUGACUCCAUCACGCUGUACGAGGUGUCAACCGUGGCAGCGAGUGUAGUGGACACAAAAGAAUGGGUGAUCGACACAAAGGGAGACACGUUUUGCAACGUGACGAACUUACUGUACUUUGAGCCCUACGCACACUUGGGCAGGGAGCUACUUCACAGACUAUGCAGCGAUGACAGUGACACUGUCAGAGACGAAAAACUGUACGAAUUUCUGCACGAUUACUCUCAGGCUCACUUCAACUAUGCGUACGAGCUGUCGGUCAUCCUGAAAAUACGCAGGUCUCCGUUCUCAAAGCAGCAACGUCUCUCUUACAGCUCGGCUAGCAUCAACAGCACUUUGGUAGCCUCAGUGGGUAAUGGUCUUGACACAUACUCAUCUCUCUCCCCUGGCAGUAGUGUCUUCAGCCAGUCACAUAUUCCACACGGAGGUUGGUGUGCUCACAAUACGUGUGGAGGCAUACUACAAUGUGAAGCGCCAGGUGCCAGGAAUGAGUGUAUGGAACUACUGGACAAGUGGUGGCAGUCCAGUUCAUCACUGACUCUGGCUGACUUUAGGAAACUCAUCCACAACUACAGCGUCUUCCGUGAUAUAGAUCUACUGGAAUUCUGCUGCUGCUCAGAUACAGAUGUAGAAUUGGAAACGCAGUAAAGUGAGGCUACACUGCUCACCGCGCCAUUCAUAAUUAUAUCAUCUCAAACCUCACCAAAAUGUGGCCUUGUUGUAUCACACUAACACUGAAAAGUGUGGGUGUACACGUAUAAGUGACAAGAG